UAGUUGUGUCUCUGUAAAAUGAAGUGUUGUGCGCUGGUGUUUGUUUCCGCCGGACGCUUUUUACGGUGACGCAGAGCCGCGAUGGCGUCCGUGCUCGGAGUACUGCGACAGGUCUCUGGGUCUCUGUCUCGCUCGCGCGCCGCGGUCAGGUGCUUGUGUUCGCGCGCAGCAUCAGAAGCUCAUCAUGACGUGAUCAGAACUGCGUUUCCACCGCUGCAGAGUUUCUCAGAGGAGGAGAGCAUGAUGAGAGACGCAGUCAGGAAAUUCGCCCAGGAGCGCAUCGCCCCGUUUGUCUCCAGGAUGGACGAGGAUUCGGUGAUGGAUGCAGAUCUGAUCAGUGCUCUGUUCGAGCAGGGCCUGAUGGGGAUCGAGAUCGGAGCGGAGUAUGGAGGCACGGGCUCCUCCUUCUUCUCCUCCAUCCUGGUGAUCGAGGAGCUGGCGAAGGUGGACCCGUCGGUGUCUGUGCUGUGUGAUAUUCAGAACACACUGAUUAACACACUGCUGAUGAAGCUGGGGACGGAGGAGCAGAAGCAGCAGUAUCUGCCGCGGCUGGCCAGUGAUACGGUCGGCAGCUUCUGUCUGUCCGAGUCAGAGUCGGGGAGCGACGCGUUCUCUCUGAAGACUAAAGCAGAGAAACACAAGGAUUAUUACAUCAUCAACGGCUCCAAGAUGUGGAUCAGUAACGCAGAACAUGCCGGAGUGUUUCUGGUGAUGGCAAACGCAGAUCCGGCCGCGGGUUACAGGGGCAUCACCUGCUUCAUCGUGGACAGACACACGGAGGGGCUUCACAUCGGCAGGAAGGAGAAUAAGCUGGGCCUGAGAGCCUCCUCCACGUGUCCUCUGACCUUCGACAACAUGAAGGUUCACGAGAAGAACAUUUUAGGGAAAGUGGGUCACGGUUAUAAAUACGCCAUCGGGAUGUUGAACGGCGGCCGCAUCGGGAUCGCAGCGCAGAUGCUGGGUUUGGCUCAAGGCUGUUUCGAUCACACGGUUCCUUACACCCGACAGAGGGUUCAGUUUGGCAAACGCAUCUUUGAUUUCCAGGGCAUGCAGCACCAGAUCGCUCAUGUGGCCACGCAGCUGGAAGCGGCUCGACUGCUGACCUACAAUGCUGCGCGUCUGAAGGAGGCCGGACGCUCCUUCAUUAAAGAGGCCUGUAUGGCCAAAUACUUCACCGCGGAGGUUGCGACUCUGACCACAUCUAAGUGCAUCGAGUGGAUGGGUGGCGUGGGCUUCACCAAAGACUAUCCCAUCGAGAAAUACUACAGAGACUGUAAGAUCGGAACCAUUUAUGAGGGAACCACUAACAUCCAGCUGAGCACCAUGGCCAAGAUGAUCGACCAGGAAUACGACGGAUGAUCACCUGUGUGUCCGAGACAGCUGAAGAGAUGAUUAAUGACCCGUUAGCUGUAGUCCGUCUCGUCUCUGAGAUCACGUCUGUCUCUAACUCAACCGUAUCUGACUCUUCACCGAUCCUCUGAUGCUUCUCUGGUUAUUUGUUGUAAGAUUCAAAUUAUAUCACAGCAAAGGAGUCGAAGUCUUUCCCGAGUCUUUUUUCUGACGUCUUCUCAUUUUUAAAAUGAAGCUAUUGUUAGACCCGGUUUAUAUUCCUGUUAGAGUUUCUGAUUGAUUCAGUGCCUGAUUGAUGGCAGACGGCUGCUGAUUUGAGAUCAGUCUGGUCUCUCGUGUUUGUGUUUGUGUUGCUGAAUAAACAUCAUGAACUCA